AUGCGCAAUCGCCUCUCCAAGAGAAGGAGAGGAGGAGUUAAUUUGCUCUCUAUUCGGACCUCUGACUUAGCGUCUCUCUCUCUCCUGCACACCAACUUGGGGGUGCAAGUCUGUCCUUCUCCUACACCAACUUCAUUUCGACAUCGGUCUUGGCUGUGACUCAUCACUACAGUCAUGGCACCCAAAAAGAACAAGGCCCCUAAGAAGAACAAAGCUGAUAUCAAUGAGAUAACAAUCAUGGUAGAGGACAGUCCCUCUAACAAAAUCAAUGGGCUCAACACGCUCCUGGAAGGUGGAAAUGGCUUUAGUUGCAUCUCAACGGAGGUCACUGAUGCCGCCUAUGCACCUAACCUCCUGGAGGGUCUAGGCCACAUGAGGCAAGACAGCUUCCUCUGCGAUCUGACCGUAGGGACCAAGUCCAAAUCCUUUGAUGUUCACAAGGUUGUGAUGGCUUCUUGCAGUGAGUACAUCCAAAAUAUGAUCAGGAAAGAACCAUCCCUCAAGAAGAUUGACCUCAACGAUUUGUCUCCAGUUGGUUUGGCUACAGUCAUCACAUAUGCUUAUUCUGGAAAGCUGACCUUGUCUUUGUACACCAUUGGCAGCACGAUCUCAGCAGCCAUGCUGUUGCAGAUCCAUACUUUGGUGAAGAUGUGCAGUGAUUUCUUGAUGCGAGAGAUCAGCGUGGAGAACUGUAUGUACAUCGUCAACAUUGCUGACACGUACAAUCUGAAGGAGACAAAAGAAGCAGCACAGAAGUUCAUGCGGGAGAACUUUAUAGAGUUCUCUGAGAUGGAACAGUUCCUGAAGCUCACUUAUGAGCAAAUCAGCGAAUUUCUCAUGGACGACUCACUUCAUUUGCCUUCGGAGCUCACAGCUUUCCAGAUUGCAAUUAAGUGGUUAGACUUUGAUGAGAAGAGGCUGAAGUACGCUUCUGAUCUGCUGUCCAACAUUCGUUUUGGAACCAUCACACCUCAGGACCUUGUUAGUCAUGUACAGACAGUUCCCAGAAUGAUGCAAGAUGCAGAGUGCCACCGUCUGCUGGUCGAUGCCAUGAAUUACCAUCUGUUGCCAUUCCAACAGAACAUCCUGCAGUCCAGAAGGACCAAGGUCCGUGGUGGCCUCCGUGUGCUGCUCACUGUGGGUGGACGACCCGCCUUAACUGAGAAAUCUCUCAGCAAGGACAUUCUCUACCAAGAUGAGGACAACGUCUGGAACAAGCUGACAGAGAUGCCUGCAAAGAGCUUCAACCAGUGUGCAGCUGUUUUGGAUGGUUUCCUUUACGUGGCUGGUGGUGAAGACCAGAACGACGCAAGGAACCAAGCAAAACAUGCAGUUAGCAAUUUCUCCAGAUAUGACCCCCGAUUUAACACAUGGAUCCACUUAGCCAACAUGAUACAAAAGCGCACUCAUUUCAGCCUCAACAUCUUCAACGGUCUCUUGUUUGCUGUGGGUGGACGCAAUUCUGAUGGCUGCCAGGCAUCAGUUGAGUGCUACGUUCCAUCCUCAAACCAAUGGCAAAUGAAAGCUCCAAUGGAAGUCCCUAGAUGUUGCCAUGCCAGCACAGUUAUCGAUGGUAAGAUCUUGGUGACCGGCGGUUACAUUAACAACGCCUACUCUCGUGCUGUAUGUUCUUACGACCUAUCUACCGACAGCUGGCAGGAUAAGAACAGUUUAAGCACCCCAAGAGGAUGGCAUUGUUCCGUGACCAUUGUAAAUCGUGCCUACGUUCUUGGUGGCAGCCAACUGGGUGGACGUGGCGAGAGAGUAGACGUCUUACCGGUUGAAUGUUACAACCCUCACUCUGGCCAGUGGAGCUAUGUUGCCCCCUUGCUCACAGGAGUGAGCACAGCAGGUGCCGUCACCUUAAAUAACAAGAUUUAUCUUCUGGGCGGAUGGAAUGAGAUUGAGAAGAAGUAUAAAAAAUGCAUUCAGGUGUAUAACCCCGAUCUUAACGAAUGGACUGAAGAUGAUGAAUUGCCAGAGGCUACGGUUGGUAUCUCAUGUUGUGUUGUCACCAUCCCUACACGCAAGACACGGGAGUCGAGGGCCAGUUCUGUAUCGUCCGCGCCGGUUAGUAUAUAAGCAGCAUGAAGAGUGGUUGGGAAAUAUAGCUGAAUUGCUAAUUGUAAAAUUAGUAAAAAUGUGUAUCUUACUAUUUGUUAAAGAUCCAUUUUUCUCAGAGAUGUUUAGUGGAUUAGUGGAUGCCACUUCAUGACAGUCUCAGAAUGUUGUGAAAGGUUAUGUUGUGAAGGACACUGAAUGGGGAAGAAAAUGAUUACAUUGGUGGCAUAUUUAGUUAAUUGAGUGAAUAAAUAAUUGUGAAUAAAGUUUGUGCCUGAACUGUCUAGCAGUCAAGUUUAAACAUAUUCUUUGUUUGCCGAAGGUUCAUGAUUUUUAAUGUUCUUGCUGGAAAACAUUGUAUUUAGAUAUUAAAUAAAUAUGCGACAACUGCACACACUACUUUUUUAUUACAUUUAAUAACAUACUGCUUAUUUAAGGUAAAUCAGUGGUUUGUAUUUACAGUAAUACAUAAAACAUGUUGUCAAAUAAUAAAGCUCUGCAUAUUUAUUAAAGGUUCUUAAGAAAUGUU